AUGUAUGUCGCUUACUUUUUGAACCAUCAAAAGGCUGCCAGUAUACUUGGUAAUAGUGGAGUCAGUGUCUCAUCACAUCAUCGCGGACAUACCCGUACCUCGUCAACGGGUAGUAACACGUCGACCUCAUCGGUUGAUGGGAUGUUACCUCGUGGUGGAGGUAAUGUACCAGUUCCACCAAAUAGCACGAUCCUUAACAGUAGCAGCGAACGUCAUAUCAAGCGUGCACCUGCUAAACGCACGUCCGAGUCGACUACCAGUACGCCCGACAAGGCUGCCAACAAUGUGAUCAUCACACCAACCUCGUCACCAAUGGUACAUGACCGUCACCAACACAUCACCAACAACAACAACAACAAACAAAACAACGCUACACCUGACAAUAGCAACCUAAUUGACAAGGCCGCCUUAAUGGAGAUACUACAAAACUUUACGACCGAACUCAAACGCAUUACGACCGAGCAUGAAGAGAUGCUCAACAAGACCGCCGCCAAGCUAGACGAGCGUGUCAACCGACUCGGUGACAAACUCGAUCAACUCGAGAUUAAAAUCGGUGUCAUCAAAAAUGUAGUUGUAUCUGUAUCAUCAAAUGAAAAUAGUAAUCUUAUUGGAGGAGUAGUAGUAAGUGGUGGAGGAGGGGUAACAGUCAUCACAGACACGACAGACGACCAACCAACCUCUACAUCUACUACCACAACAUCAUCACCAGCACUUGUUUCUACUACAUCUACAACAUCAACCACAUCAUUGGCAACAGUUUUGGAACAAGAGGGAGGAUCUAAAAAAGAUAAACGUAAAUCAAAAAAACAAGAAUCAAGAGAAGAAAGAGAUGAAAGAAGAGAAAAGAGACGUAGUCGUAGAAAGGAACGUGAAGAUAAGAAACGUGUGAUGCAUGGAACGAUUGAUAGUAGUGCAGCAUCGACUAUGACGCUGUCAUCGAGUUCGUGCUCGUUGGCCGAUGAUGCGCAGGUUGACCGUGACGAUCUUAAAAAGAUUAUCAAGGUGCAGUCGCUGGCGAGAGCAUUCUUGGCACGCAAGGCAUACCGACGUAUAAAGACACGUCGUGGUGUCGCACAAGAGAUGUUGAAUAGUGAAAAGACAUACAUUCACAAUUUGCAUAUUCUUUUGCACGACUAUCUCGUGCCACUGCGCAAGAUGUGCGAGGGAAACAGCGCCAUCAACCCCGACAAUGUAAAGUCGUUGUACAACAAUAUCGAGGUCAUUCUCAACAUUAACAAUAGUCUGCUCAAGCGUGUGCAAGAGCGUAUGUCGACGCCAUGGCACUAUGAGCAGCUGUUUGGUGACAUCUUUUUCAAGAUGUGUGACCUUUUGAAAUGCUACAUUGCCUAUGUCAACCUGUACAACCGCUCGCUGACCACCGUCAACGAGUUUGGCAAGACAUCGACGUUUGCCGACUUUUUAAACAGCACCUUCCAGCGCACCAACCAGCAACUGCGUGAUCUCAUCAUUAUCCCCGUGCAGCGUAUCCCACGUUACGUAUUGUUGCUCGAGGAGAUGGUCAAAGUCACGCCAGCAUCACAUCCCGAUCACUCGCAGCUAGUUGGCUCACUUGCCAAGAUGCACACGAUCGCCGACCACGUCAACGAGAAGCGUAGAGAGUUUGAGAAUGUGUCGCAAGUUGCCCUACUCCAAGACUCGAUCAUUGGCUUUAAUAUCAUGGAAUACCCAUCACUACGUUACAUUAUGGAGGGUGAUCUACAACUGCACAUGUCGUCGAGUGGUAGUGGGUUUGGUGUGGUCACGGGCACGCUCUCCAAUGCCGUCACGGGUAGCUCGUCGGACCUCAAGAGCACUGGCGGUGUCAUGGCACUCCAAAAUCUCCACGUCUUCCUCUUCAACCAGAUGCUGGUUGUGUGUAAAUACAAAAAGGGCAAAGAGUCCUACUUUUCGAAAUUUGGUUCGUCGUCGUCUUCGUCGGACCGUAAAUCAAAACAACCCAAAUACAAAUUCAUCUUUUGCUACAAUCUCACCUCUGAGACCAAGCUAUCGCACAACAAGUCAGAGUCGUGGUUUGGUGUCGACAACUCGUCCGAGUACAAACGUUUCAUUGCUCAAGGUGUCACUACAAAGGAUAUGUGGAUCCAACACAUCCAAAGUUGUAUCACUAAAAUGGCUGAAAAUAAGAAAUCUAAAAAUAUUCAAACUUAA